AUGGCAGGCUGGGCUCCCCCUCGCCUGGAGGACUUUAUACUGACUGACAAGCUGGGUAGUGGCACCUAUGCCACCGUGUACAAGGCCUACAGGAAGCGGAACAUGCGGGAAGUGGUAGCUAUUAAAUGUGUCAGCAAGAAAAGUCUGAACAAAGCAUCUGUUGAGAAUCUCCUAACAGAAAUCGAGAUUUUGAAAACCGUUCAUCACCCCCAUAUACUGGAGCUCAAGGACUUCCAGUGGGACCGAGAUUACAUAUUUUUGAUCACUGAAUACUGUGCAGGAGGAGACUUGUCUCGCUUUAUACGAUCACGGAGAAUUCUUCCGGAGAAAAAAUUGUUCAAAUCUUUCUUCAGCAACUUGCUAGUGCUUUGAAGUUCUUAUAUGAAAGAAACAUUUCCCACUUGGAUUUGAAACCUCAGAACAUACUUCUCGGGAGUCUGGAUAGAUCACAUUUAAAGCUGGCAGAUUUUGGUUUUGCUCAGCACAUGAUAUCUCAGGAUGCGUCCCAGUCUCUGAGAGGAUCUCCACUUUACAUGGCUCCAGAGAUGAUCUGCAGUAGACAUUACGAUGCUCGGGUGGACCUCUGGUCUGUAGGAGUUAUUCUUUAUGAGGCACUUUUUGGGAGAGAGCACCAUUUGCAUCAAGAUCUUUCUCAGAACUGGAGGAGAAGAUACGAAGUGCCCAAUCUAUAGAGCUUCCUGCAAGGCCUCGGGUGUCCCCUGAAUGCCGGGAUCUCCUUCAGCGACUCUUGGAGAGAGACCCAGAUCAUCGUAUCUCCUUCCCAGACUUCUUCAACCACCGUUUGUAGAUUUGGAGCACAUGCCCUGUGCAGAAUCCUUACAGAAAGCUACAUCUCUGGUGGCUGAGGCAGUGGAGAAAGAUGGAGCAAGAGAUUAUUCAGCAGCACUCAGCUUGUACUGCCGAGCUUUGGAAUAUUUCGUCCCUUCUUUGCACUAUGAGACAGACAUUCGGCGGAAAGAAGCCAUACGCUCAAAGGUGUGUCAAUAUAUAUCAAGAGCGGAGGAGCUAAAGGUACUGGUAUCUUCUAGUAACAAGUCCCUGCUUCUUGAAGGCAUAUCUUCACGGGAACUUUUGAAAGAAAUGUCUCAGGACAAACCUCGUCUGUUUGCUGCUUUAGAUGUGGCUUCAGCUGCUGUUGCAAAGGAUGAGGAGGGAGUAGCUGCUGAUGCGCUGGACCUCUACCAGCAGUGUCUUGGGGAGCUCAUAUUAAUGUUAAGUGCUGAACCAGUUGGAAGGAGAAGGGAAUUACUACAUGCUGAAAUUCAAACACUAAUGAAGCGUGCAGAAUUUUUAAAAGAGCAGAUGAAGACUACUGACUGGAAGAAUGAUUCUCUGGGAAAUGAGAUGUUGUCAGAGUCUGUGCGGGGA